AUGACCCCAACGGCCGUUGAGAGCGGCGGCCUAAAGGAGGAGGCUGUCGUCCAAAAAGGAUUCAAAGAUCCAGGAGUUGUGCCCAACCCAGUGGUAGAAGGCGUAUGGACACCCGAAAAGGUACUGGUCACUCUCACCACCGGCAAACCGACAGAGGGAUCGGAUUCCCCAGUACCAUACUAUCAUCUCCUCGAAAGGCUGAAGACCACCAAGCGCGAGGGAUGGCGCCGUUUCGGAAUUGAGAGGGGUGAAUCCAUCGCCGACCACAUGUAUCGCAUGUCCCUGAUGUCGAUGCUCGCGCCUCCUACACUCGCCCCUCGCCUCGACCUGAACAAGUGCAUCAAGAUGUGCCUGAUACACGACAUGGCCGAGUCCCUAGUCGGCGACAUAACCCCCGUCGACGGCGUCGCGAAGCCCGAGAAGGCGCGCCGCGAGGCCGCGACCAUGGACUACAUCACCUCGACGCUCCUGGGCAACGUCUACAGCGGCGGCAACACGGUCGGUGCCGAGAUGCGCGCCAUAUGGCAGGAGUACGAGGACUCUGAGACGCUGGAGAGCAAGUACGUCCACGACAUCGACAAGAUGGAGCUCAUCUGCCAGAUGGUCGAGUACGAGAAACGCAGCGAGGGCAGGCUGGACCUCGGAGAGUUUGCGUGGGUGGCUAAAAAAAUGGUCCUCCCGGAGAUGAUUGCGCGCGGCGAGGAGAUUUUGAAGGAGCGCGAGGCGUUCUGGGCCGGGAGGAACCACGUCAGGGGGGAGGUGGGCGUCGAGGGCGGCGUGUCGGCCUCUCACAUCGAGCAGUCGGACGCCUACUACAGCAAGCCCGAGUAG